AUGGAUCCUGAUGGGGGGAGUUCAUCAACAGUUAGCACAGGAGUGCAGGAAAUUCCAGGACAUUCAACACAACAUGGUGCAUUCUAUCAGUUUACACAGCAGAACCUUCCUGCAUGUAAACCUGUGCUUACACCUGCAGCAGUCAUUGCUACCUUUCUAUUGAUGGGUAUCAUUUUCAUUCCAGUUGGACUUGUCACGCUUCGUGCCUCAAAUAGUGUUGUUGAAAUUGUUGAUAGGUAUGACAUGGAUUGUGUACCUGAAGAAUUUAGAAGUAACAAGGUUACAUAUAUUAAAGAUGUCUCAAUCCCCAAAAACUGUUCACGAUUCUUAAAGGUACUUAAGCCAAUGAAAGCACCAAUUUAUAUCUACUAUCAGCUUGAUAACUAUUACCAGAACCACCGACGGUAUGUCAAAAGUAGAAGUGACCUGCAGCUCUUACAUGGACUUGGAUACAAUGACACCAGUUCUUGUAAACCUUUAGAGUCCUCCCAUGAUCUUCCAGUUGUACCUUGUGGGUUGAUAGCAUGGAGUUUGUUCAAUGAUACAUAUAAAUUCAGUCGUGGGCCAUCAGAAUUGAAGGUUAAUAGGAAGAAUAUUGCUUGGAAGAGUGAUCGUGAUCAUAAAUUUGGAAAAAAUGUUUACCCAUUUAAUUUUCAAAAUGGGACUUUGAUUGGGGGUGGAAAGCUGGAUCCAAGUAUUCCUCUUGGUGAUCAAGAAGAUCUCAUUGUUUGGAUGAGGACUGCUGCACUACCCAGCUUCAGAAAGUUAUAUGGGAGAAUUGAAGAGGAUUUGGAUGCAGAUGAUGUUAUUGUAGUCCACCUAAAAAAUAACUAUAACACUUACAGUUUUGGUGGAAAGAAGAAGCUUGUUCUGUCAACAUCAAGCUGGCUGGGUGGAAAAAAUGACUUCCUUGGAGUUGCAAAUUUAUUUGUUGGUGCCUUUUGCAUAUUGAUCUCCAUCAUCUUCCUGUUGCUUCAUGUGAAAAAUCCUAGGCCUUACGGGGACACGGCCUACCUAUCUUGGAAUAGGAAAAACAUUGCUAGCUGA